AUGGAUCGAGUAUUUGGAGAUGAUUAUGAUCGUGCAUGUACAAUCGAAGAUCUGAAUGAAUUAGAAUAUUUAGAAUGUGUUAUAAAAGAAAGUCUUCGAUUAUAUCCUUCAGUUCCGUUUAUUGCAAGAGAAAUACAAGAAGAUUUUAUGUUCCGUACAACAGCUGUGAUAUUUAUUUAUUAUAUUCAUCGUGAUCCAAAACAUUUUCCUGAUCCAGAUCGAUUUGAUCCUGAUAGAUUUCUACCUGAGAAUAGUAUUGGUCGAUCACCUUAUGCAUAUGUGCCAUUUUCAGCUGGUUCAAGAAACUGUAUAGGACAACGAUUUGCUAUGUUGGAGGAAAAAGUGAUUUUAUCAUCGAUAUUAAGACGAUUUAAAUUAAAAACUUCUCAAUCGCCUGAUGAUUUACAUCUGUCGUUUGAACUUUUACUGCGUUCUGUAAAUGGUGUCCAUGUUCAACUUGAAUUACGUCAUUAA